AUGAACGUCGGCAAGAAAUUUGGUAGAGUCAAGCAAUGGGCUGGAGAGAAGAUGGGACAAGAGUCCAAGACUGAAGUUUCGGAUGAAUUCAAGUCUUUGGAGGGAGAAAUGCAAAUGAGACAUGAGGGAAUGGAAAAGUUACAAAAGUCCAUGACGAUUUAUGUCAAAUCACUUUCGAAACGAAAUGAAGGAGAUGACAGGGAAAAGAUCUUGCCAGUAGCAUUCAUGGGACAAACAAUGAUACAUCAUGGUGAAGACUUUGAACCGGAUUCCGAGUUUGGAAAUUGCCUCAUUGCUAUGGGUAGAACGAAUGAGAGAAUUUCGAGACAGCAGGAUACAUAUGUUGUGGACGCAACUUCGAGUUGGCUCGAGUCCUUGGAGAGAUCUUUGGCUCAAAUGAAGGAAUAUCAGUCUGCCAGGAAGAAGCUCGAACAAAGACGAUUGGCGUACGAUGCCUCCCUUUCCAAGAUGCAAAAGGCAAAGAGAGAAGAUUUCAGAGUCGAGGAAGAACUCAGAUCACAAAAGGCGAAAUAUGAAGAGUCUAGUGAGGAUGUUUACAGAAGGAUGCAAGAUAUUAGAGAGGCAGAGGCGGAAAGUGUUCAAGAUUUGGGAGCGUUUUUGGAAGCCGAACUCGAAUAUUACGACCGUUGUCGUGAUGAACUUUUGAAAUUGAAGAAGGAAUGGCCAGCUGCACGAGGAUCAGCGGCACAACCACCACGUCAACCUAGACGCCCAGAAGCACGACCUCGUUCAAAUACAGCUCAUUCAUACAGUGAGAGAUACUCCACAUAUGAAGAACCUAUCCCAGAGCUAGAAGCGCCACGUCCAUCUAUCCGAUCCAAUACUCCUCGUGUUAACACAACUCGGGUUGCCUCGACAUCAGGAAUUGGUAGAAGAGAGGAUCGAAGAGAAGAAUAUUCCCCUCCAAGUUCCCCACAACGUCCAUCAAUCGGACGAUCAUCCACAUUCCAAGGUCCAACAACUCAUUACCGCGAAUCUCCUUCCUCAAAUCGUCUUAAUUCUUCUCUACCUCCUCCUUCAGAUGCUGGUUCUCUACGCGCAUCUUUAAGACCAACUGCCAGGACUAAUAUCAUUUCAGCUGAUUUGUUCAAUGAUCCGAGUGAUGAUUCAACUCUUAAUAGCAAUAGUCCAGAUAGAUCAUACGGUGCAAGAUCAGUUAGUCCAGCUACUAGUCAUGGUAGUAAUUCUACGCCAAACUCGAGAAGAGCUCCACCACCUCCUCCCAGCAGAGCCAAGAAACCGGCUCCUCCUCCUCCUAUGAAGAGAGCGGAUAUGACUUCAGUUAGUGUCAAUAGUCGUUAUUAG